UCCUUGCAACUGCUGAGUAACGCAGACGAUCCUAGAGCAAACUGGGGGGAAAUGAUCCCAAUAAUACCAAACAAUAACGAAUCGCUAAUAAUCAGGAUGCAAGUGCUAUUGUCGUAGGCUAGAUGGCCACUGCUCUGGAAACCCUGUUCAGGCGUGCAAUUCUGGUCCAGGAUGCUCUCCUGCGUGCUGACACCCCGAAAAUACCCCCUGCCAGGUGGCAAACUGCUUCAGCCCAGCCGGACCGGCAGGGCAGCUGCAGUUCUCGCGUUUGAGGCAGCUCUGCCUUGCCUCCACCCAGCUGGGAUGGAGAGAGAGACCGGUCCAAGGCUUGGGCUGCCGCGGAGCUGGUGCUCCUUAUGCCCUUUCCAGGAUGCUGAGCGCCUGUUGAAUCCCACAGGUUGCUGAGCAUCCCUCCUUCCCCUCCCUCCCUCCCUCCCUGAUUCCUUAUCUCAUGUCUCCUCUCUCUGUGUGGCUUUCUCUCACGCACUGUCUCUCUCACACACAGAGCACAGAAGCGGGAAAAGGUUUCCUGCCGGCUUGCCAUCGCCUAGACCGGUCCAGCCCGUUCUGGACCACUGAGCCCAGCAAGCGGAGCGAGCGAGCGCUCAGCAACCUGCAAAGUUGAUCCGGCAUCUCUCCCCGCGACACCUCCCCGUUUCCCGGCUCAUCUCUCCUUCCAGACAAGUCUGGAGAGACAAUUAGCACCAUGCCGGGGCUCAUCAACCGGAUGACCAACUCUGCUCUCCCUCUCGCGGCCUCUGAGGUGACCUCUUGUGUCAGCGGCUAUGCUUUUGGGAUGACGGCCUCUCUCACCUACAGCAACUCAGAGACCCACCCCUUUGAAGGGCUUUUUGUCUACCCAUUGGAUGAAUACACAACUGUGGUUGGCUUUGAGGCGAUGAUUUCUGAACGGGUUGUGACCGUGCAAAUCAAAGACAAGGCCAGAAUUGACGACUGCUACGUUGACUGCUGCAGCCUCCCCAAUGGCAGGGCCCUGGACGAAGGUGGACGUAUUGUGCUAGAUGAGGAUUUGGAGAGGAUCGUCUUUGUGGCCAAUUUGGGCAUCGUUCCUUCUCAGGAAAAUGUCUCCAUCUGCAUCAGUACCUCCUCAGAGCUGCAGACCCUUCCCAGCGGUGCUGUGAGGGUCCUCCUUCCAGCUGUGUGUGUCCCUAAGGUCCCCCAGAAUAGCACAGAUGCCACCGCCACCAUCUCUGGACACCACCUUCGAUUCAGAGACAGACACUACUGUGGUGUUGCUACUCCGGAUCAGCCCGGAAAAUUCUGUCUGGCUCGGCUUUUGGAAACGGAAGCGACGAAUCCUACUGAGUAUGAGUUCAGCUUCUACCUGGAGAUCAGAGGACCGUGCUUACUUGCAGGAGUUGAAAGCCCGACGCACGAGAUCCGCGCAGAUGCCGCUCCUUCAGCCAGAUCUGCCAAGAGCAUUGUGAUCACGCUGGCGAAUAAACAUACUUUUGACCGACCCGUGGAGAUCCUGAUCCAUCCAAGCGAGCCUCACAUGCCCCAUGUAUUAAUGGAAGAGGGUGACAUGUCCCCUGCAGAAUAUGAGCAGCACCUGAAGGGGCGGAAUGACUUCAUUAAAGGGACCAAGAAAGAUGCAAGUGCAGAGAGAAAGACAGAAAUCAUCAGGAAGCGGCUCCACAAGGACAUCCCUCACCACCCAGUGAUCAUGUUGAACUUCUGUCCUGAUCUGAGGACAGUCCAACCCAACCUCAGGAAGAGCCACGGAGAAUUCAUCUUUCUCGUGGACCGCAGUGGGAGUAUGAGUGGUGUGAACAUCAACCGUGUCAAGGAUGCCCUCCUGGUCAUUCUGAAGAGUCUGAUGCCAACGUGUCUAUUCAAUAUCAUUGGAUUUGGAUCGACUUUCAAGGCCUUGUUUCCUUCCAGCCAGACCUACUGCGAGGAGAACCUGGCCGUUGCAUGUGAAAGCAUAAAGAAGAUCCGUGCUGACAUGGGUGGCACCAACGUCUUGUCGCCCUUGAGGUGGGUCAUCCGGCAGCCGAUCCACCAAGGCCACCCACGGCUGCUCUUCCUGCUGACCGAUGGCGCCGUCAGCAACACGGGAAAGGUCAUCGAGCUUGUCCGGAACCACUCAUUCUCCACUAGGUGCUAUACUUUUGGCAUUGGGCAGAAUGCCUGUCGGAGGCUGGUGAAUGGCCUGGCUGCCGUGUCCAAAGGAAGUGCGGAAUUCCUGGUUGAGGGAGAGAGGUUGCAGCCAAAGAUGAUAAAAUCUCUGAAGAAGGCGAUGGCUCCAGUCAUUAGCGACGUCUCCGUGGACUGGGUCUUCCCUGAAACAGCCGAAGUCUUAAUCUCACCUGUCAGUGCCAGCUGCCUUUUCCCAGGGGACCGGUUGGUGGGCUACAGCAUUGUCUGUGAUACGUCCCUGUAUGUUUCGAACCCCAGGCUGGACAAGAGGCGACGCUACAGUAUGCUGCAUUCCCAAGAGUCUGGCAGCUCCGUUUUUUUCCACUCACAAGAAGAAGGAGGUGGCUCAGAUGUCUGGGGCUGCCUCAAGGAUUCAGAAACCGGGUUGCCUUCAGAGAGGACCCCUGAACUCCUGGAGGUUGGCAGUGACCUGGGAAGUGAAUCUGAAGUGGACUCUGGAGUGGAUGCAACAACAGCUCCGUCACGGCGUAGGGCGUACAGCACCAAUCAAAUUGCUGACCACGAACCAUUCCGGAAGGUUCCCACGGCCAGCGACCCCAGUUCUGUUCUCAUUAAGAAUCCGCUUCGGAAGGCCCAGCUGCAGGAUCUCACCCAACUCAGCCCAGAACCGCCAUUGUGGCAGGUGGAGUUUCAGUCUUCUCAGGCUUUCGCUGCCAGCCCUCAAAUAUCUACCCCAAGAAUACGGGGGGUCGGAGCAAGGCGGCCCUCCCUGCUGCAGCAGAGUCGUGUCUCCUUCUGCCACAACCCAGAAUCACCACAGCAGCACAUCAGCCUUGCACAGACUGGGAAGAACUUUGGGCCACUUGAGACCGACUCCCUCCCAGGGUCCAUUUUUUCAGAGAGCCGGAGCCCGGGAGAUCUGGAUGUUGCCCAGCACCCAUCCUUCCUCUUUGAAACGGAGACUUCGUCGGAUUGGGAAUCCCACGACCCAGAGAUUGGCUCAGCCAGCGGCAGCUGGCGGCACUCUCCAAGAUCCACCUGCAAGGCGGUGGUGAAAGGGCUGCGGAACAAUGAAGUGGUCCAGUGGGAGGUGCUGUUUGACAUCGCCCCGCUUUUCCGAGGUCGGGAGGGCAAGAGGAAUGACGAAGAUGAUCUCUGGAGCGAGACCUUCCACCACCUGGCUGCCAAGUCCAUCGUCCGGGACUUUGAGCAGCUCGCAGAGAGGGAAUGUGAAAUUGAGCAUGGGUCCGGCCGGCGGUACCAGGUGAAUGCCGUGCACACCAGCAAAGCCUGCAAUGUGAUCAGCAAAUACACAGCCUUUCUGCCCGCAGACCUGAGCAACAAUAGCUACUUGCCGACCGUUGUGGAAUAUCCCAAUGCAGGUCCAGCCUUGAAACCCGGCAGCCAACGGAAUUCGGGUUCUGAGAACAGGCGGCACAGAACACUCUCCUCUGGGCUGGGACGCAUCCAGUCAACCUGUGGUCAAGAUUCAGCAGCAGAUGCAGAAGAGAACAGCCUGUCUCCGUGCAGUACACCGUCCUCCUCGGGAUGGGAUCGCAUCACUUUCCCAGAUGUUCCACUACGAAGUCCAUCUGUCUCCUCUCAGAAAUCCAUUGAGAGCUUUUUUGCGGCCAGGCUCACCUUUAACAAAACAAGACUGUUGACGCGAGCAGCCCGAGGCUUUAUGGGAAAAAUACCCGCCAGGACCAGCGAGACGAGUUUGGAAAGCGACAAUGAAAACAUUGACUACCUGCCCCUUGUGUCUCUCCAGCUUGCCUGUGGCUCCUUCCUCUUGAACAAGGCCUUCUGUGAGGCCAUCAACAUCCCCCUGGAGAAGCUGAAGUGGACGUCUCCUUUUGCCUGCCACCGCAUGGCUGCCAGCCCCUCAGCCAGCUCCUGCGCCCCCAGGAGAUCAGCCACGUCAGAGGAAACCAAGAGCUCUGAGGGAACUCAACCACUGGACAAUGUCAAUCCCUCGACAAACAAAGAGAGUGAGUCCGGCCACGCCCGCCAUUUUGCCAGUGACACUGUCGAAAGUCACUCUGGGGCCCUGAAGGCUGAGAACAAGCUUUCUCCUCCCGCCAUCACCAUCCAGCGCUUCUCCUUUCCAGAAAGCAUUCCAUCGCCUCAGGAGUCGCAGGCUGACAGUGGGAGAGGUUCUGAGACAGACAGCUCCGAGCUGCAGACCUGGUUGGUGGACAUUGAGCUCCAGAAGAAGAAUGCACCAGAGGGAAUGCUGUGGGCCACAGCCGUGGCCCUAGCCUGGCUGGAGCACAGCUCUGCUUCGUACUUCAUUGAGUGGGAGCUGGCGGCAGCCAAGGCCAGCCUGUGGCUAAGCGAGCAAGAUUUCCCCGAAGGUCGCAGCCUGCCAGCAGUGAAGGCAGCAGCUCAGCAGCUCUUUGUGUUGCUCAGGCACUGGGAUGAAAACCUGGAGUUCAAUUUGCUCUGCUACAACCCGAAUAAUGUAUAGAGAGCAGGAGAGGGUGGGAUCUCAGGAGGGAAGGUGGGCACACGGUGGCUCAUUCACGAACCAGGUUACAACCUACCAAUUACUGCCAGAAACACCCCUGUAUGUUGGGUUGAGGGCUGGGCUGGGAAUCUCAGGCCCGGAGGUCAUAUGCAGCCCUUCAAAGAUCUCUAUCUGACCCCUUGGGGCUCCUCACAGGUCACACCCAUCACUGACCCUCCUCCUGAGCUUCCUUGAGCUCUUUCACUUGGUUGAGACGUGUUCUUGAACUGUGAUAACGCUUCUUGCUUUCCUGGAUGCAGAGUUGUCUGUGUAGAACCUCUCUGACUGCUCUCUGUUUGUAGCCUGUUGUACAAAGAGAAGGAGUCCUAUCCCGUAAGCCUAACCCCAUCUACCACUGCCAGGUAGCCCCCAGAAGGUUGCCUGCUAGAGAAUGUGGCCUUUGGGCUGAAAAGCAGUUCCUUGCCCCUGGGUUAAGUUUUCCCAGACAAUGAUCAAUGCUGCAUUCAGAGGCUACUCCCCACCCCUGCAUCCUUGUAUCCUCUGCCAGCAACACACAUUUUCUAUGGGGCUAGAAUCAUUUAAACAGUGGUAAUAUUAUGCAUCCUUUUCUAUCAAGUCCCAAGCUUGCAAUGUGCAUUGCCAUCUUUUGCCUAAGUCCUGUGAUGGUGGCUAAUAUUAUUCCCAUCUGUAGAUACAAACUGUGGAAGUUCCAUUAGCCUAUGGGGUUCAUCCAGACCAUUCUUGUAGACACCAGGGAUGAGCACCAAACUUCAGGCUCAUGGGUCCCACUCCUGCUCUUGGUUUAUUAGGAUGCCGGUGAAUGUCAAAGUCCAGCAACCAGAGUGUGAAAGAGUGUCAGAGGAAGGGCAACAUGUGCCUAGAAUUAAGGAACAAGGUGCUUCUAAGCAUUUGCUCAGCCCAAGGGUGCGUUUUUCUCACCAGAUCUAAACUUACAGUCCAGUCCCAGACAAAACUCCACUCCUGGUUUUCCCAAUAAACUUUAUUCAUCUCAGCAGCUUAAUUUUUAGAAGAGUCGGAUGUGGAGAAAGCCUUAUUUUCUUAUUGCCCUGUUGUUAAACAAAUCCUCACAGAUCUACUGGAAAUCACCUUGAGAUCUAACAGUAGAUCUACUUUCUGCCCACACUGGUUUGUGUUGGCAGGGCAGCAGAUCACCACGUUUUCGAAGAGGGAUCUCUUCCUGGAAGUGCUGGGGGUUGCACCUGGGAUCUUUUCCAGAAAGGGCACCUGCUACAGCCUUUCUCCUAUAUAAGCAUAGGAAGCUGCCUUCGACCAAGUUAGACCAUUGAUCUGCCUAGCUCAGUAUUGUCUUCUGCAAAAUGUAGGAAUGAUGUAAAAAUCUUACGCUGGUACUGUAGUGACAAAUUCAGAAGUGCAGGGUUCCCUUUGUGUUAGUCACAGACACACCCACUUCUAAGGUUAUAUGACCUAAGAUUAUACAAUAAUCUUACAAAUAUAAAACAAUAAUAAUUAGGGAGACAUUGCAACGAUAAAUACAAAUCUCCGUUUGUUGCUUUUCAGCUGGAUCUACUAUUUUCUGUGCCAGGUACGUUGGGAACUGAUUCAGAGAGCUCCAAUAUGUUCUUUCAGAGUGGCUUAAGCUGUGUUUACCUUGACGUUCCGCUGGAACAGCUUGUGUUGUCUGUGUUCCUAAACGCUUAGCUUCGGAGCAUACAUAACAACUUCUCCUCAAUAUUCUUCCCACACACCUUCUCCAGAGUGACCCUAGGAGCCAAUCCUCACUGGCUGGCUCAGCCCCUUUCACACUUAUUCGUUCCAAUCAGCACAAAGGGUGAGAAGGCUUCUUAGUGGCUAAAAAACUCCCCUUUCAUGUUGAUGGGGUUGACCCUGCUGCAGAAAUAGUAAUUUUGACUGCAGAUCACAACACCACUGUAAUCUGCUUUGUGGGAAAGAAUCCCAUGGAGGCUUAUAAGCAGUCAAUGAAAACAGAACAUUCCCUGACCACAGGCUUGCAAUCACAAGACAUGGCACACAACAGAAAAAGGAACAACCAGGCACCGGUUCUUAAAGUUUAAUAGCACUUUUUAUAAUAACCACUUGGGAACAGUUUAGGGGUUGGAGGUGCCUGAUGGAGCUGGCCUUUCAGUAGAGCUGAUGGGGUGAGUCCUGCUUCUCAUCUCUCCCACUGAGGCAGCUGCCGGAAUGGUGAGGAGGACAGAUGCAGAUGCACAAUCCCAUCAAGGUUGGUUUUGAGCAGUGUCUUCUUUUAUCAGCACAUUCCUGCACACUGGUAAUGCAGAGGAGGUGAAAAGACUAAUGUUGCAGCACAAAAACUUCCUCCCACUUUUCUUUUGGAGGGACCGUCCUUUGUCAACUAAUGAGAAAAGGAAUUGCAUCCAAAGGGAAGAUAAAAUGUUGGUCGUAAUGGGUGGGCCAGUGGCUUUUUGUUGUAUUUACUUUCAAGGUGGCUGAGGGCACCUGGGAAGGCUGCAAGUGAUUUGGAGAAAGAAAGACAAGACAUUCACAGCCCUUUAUUUCACUCUGCAAUUCAUCACCCCUUGUGGUUGGCACUCUGCAGCCCUCCCAGGUGCCCACGCGUCAAUUAAAGCCCAGGGAAAGACGUCAUGAAGUAACUCCACAUAUGUGGCUAGGAAGGACAGGCACCUGGGGAGGCUACAGAGCAUGGAGGAAAAUGUUUGAUGUAAAGAAAAGCAUACAUAGCAUGCUUACAUCGAUAAGCUAAGCUCAAAGCCCUAUAUUUACCAAAAUUAUAAA